AAAUAAAGUAUAUAAAUAUAUUUGACAUAUAUAAGCAAUGUAGCAGGAAGAGAAAACGAUAUAUAGAAAACGUCAAGAAGAUCUUAUUUUCAACCACUACCGGUGUCAUCAAUGGAAUCCCUGGCAAAGUUUUUCAAUGCAGCGGUAGUUUUACCCCUUACUGCCGGAGAAGCGUCGACAAAACAUCACAGUACUGAUAAUGUUCGAUCUCAUGAUGGCAGUAUCAGCGGACUUAUACUACUUUCUAGUGUUCUAGUGAUUACCGUUCUUUCUAUGUUUGGAGUUCAGUUGGUUGAUUCAGAAAAGACCGAAAUGAUGACGUAUUUCUCAAUAUAUUCUUACCUUUGUGUUGUUAUUUUCUUAGCAAUAGUUGUUUGCAUUGCUCAUUUGAUAAAUUAUCAACUUAGGCAUUCUGACAUUUUGACAACAGCUGGAAAUAGAAACACAAACUUCAAAGUGAAAUUUUUAUUUCUUUGGAUUUUUGCAAUUGGAAGUACUUUGUUUACGUUGGCAAAAAUUAUUAGUACGGUUCGCUGUGAAGAGAAAAAAUUUGAGGAGCGCAAGAAGGAGGGUUGCUUAGACAAAAACUCAACUUAUGACACUAGUUAUGAAGUAGCGAAAGUUAUCUUUCAUUCCUUUGAAAUUAUUUUUUAUAUAAUUCAAUCGUGGUUUUUACAGUUUUGUAUUCGUUGUUCCUUUAAAUGCUCGUGGAAGAUUUACUACAGUUUAUUGUUAAUAGUAUUAGCAAAUAUUUCGCAAUGGGCUCAUUAUUUUGCUGAAAUUUACCAAAACUCAGCAGGCAAAAGCAGGAAUUGUGCUUCAAGUAAGAGCUGUUACCCAAAUAUUAUUUAUGAGAUGAUCAAACCGUUCGCACAUCCACUACAAAUGGAAUACUUUUUACUUUCAAUGAUUUUAAUUGCUGAACUUUGGCCAACAAAUCAAAAUCUUGGACAUGCAUUACCUUCUAGCAACCCCACAACACGCCAUGGAAAUGAAAAUACUCCAUUACUUUCUUCUUUGAACCAUUUAUUACCAGUUACCGCCUCGAUGGAAGCUUCUAUUGAAAUCAGAAGUUUACGUGAACGGCAACCCUUAGGCCGUUUGCUUAAUUCUAAAUCAGUUGCAUGUAUAGCUUUUGGAGUUGCAAUAGUCGUUCCGUGUUAUAUUUUCGGUUCUAUUACCUUAUCAGAAAGAGUGACGAACGCUGAGCGAGAAAAUGUGACAAUUACAACAAUGUCAACAAUGGAAAUUACUGAUGUAGCCUACGAUAUCUUUUUGAGUUUACUCGUGAUAACAUUAUUGAUUAUAAGUUUUUAUUUGUUUUCUAACUCUUCAUCCCUUAGGGCAAUAAUGAUAAAACAAUAUCUCCAUUUUCAUCACAAAAUUAUUAUUGCUAGUUUUUUAGGUUCAGUUGGAUAUUUUUCACUGGUAGUUUUUUCGUGCUUAUACGAAGGAAAGUCAUAUUUGUUAAUGAGUCAGAAGAUCUUAGUAUUGAUAGAGCUAUACCUUCAAGUUAUAUGUAUUCUACAAUUCAAUAGUUAUUCAAAAUGCCGUCGAAGUUCAGGGGAUUAUGUUUAUCUUUUACUAUCUGUUAUAAACCUGUGCUACUGGAUUGAUGACAGUAUUUUUGAAUCAACUACUACAUAUGAUAAACAAAUAUUAGAAAACGUGUAUAGAGCUACCACACAAAAACUUGUAUCCCAUUUUCUGUUCCCUUUUCUAGUUUUCUUCAGGUUUAAAUCCUUUAUAUCUUUUUUUAGUAUUUUCCGCCAAAUUCCGUAUGACGAAGAAUGUAUGGAAAACGUCAUACUGUAGUAU